AUGGAAGCACUUCCAUCUCCUGGAGAGCUUCUUACAUAUGAUUUUCGUCCAUUGAAUCAAGAUUUUCUCACUUACAACAACGAACCCUCUUCAUCUUUUAACAAUAAUUCCACUUUAAAAGUUUUACAAUGGAACGUAGAGAGAAAUUACCGUUCAGAACUUAUUAUUUCCACAUUUAAAUCUCUUGACCCAGAUAUAGCAAUAAUUCAAGAAAUUGAUAUCAAUUGUAAAAGAUCCUCAUCCAAAAAUCAUUUUAAAGAGAUUGCCGAAGAAUUAGGAUGGAAAGGAGGAUUUGUUUGUGAAUUUUUUGAAAUGGAAAGUAAUAUGAGAAAAGAAAGAGAUCAAGGCGGAGGUGUACAUGGAAAUGCUAUCUUCACCAAGCAUGAUAUUGCGUUUAGAGUGCUUGAUCAUAAAUAUCAUCCUAUGGAUUGGGAAAAAGAUGGAGAGAAAUUGAGAGAACCUCGAAAAGGAAAGAGAUAUUCAUUGGUAGCCGAGGUAAAAACUCCGGCCGGACCACCGAUUUUAUGUUAUUGUGUGCAUUUAGAGGUAUUUUGUGGUAUAAUUGGUCGUAUAUCACAAUUUUCAGACAUAUUCUUAGACUCGGCUUCUAAUAUCAAGACUCAUCCUUAUCAAAUAAUUUUCGGAGAUUUAAAUACAAUUGGUCAUUCCAUAGUUCGACUUUCACCCAAAUAUUGUCAAGAUCGUUAUAGAAUUCUUUCACUUGGUACAACAGAACCUGAGUGGUGGAAUACUAAUUUAUUUGGUUGGCAUACGGAAGAUGGUGAAAUCAAUUUAAAGUUACGGUCAGGUGGUUCAAAAAUAUUAGAAACUUUGCUAUCUUUACGUAACAAUAAUGAUUACUUGGAGGAAAAGGAAUUGUCCAGGGUAACUUCGUCGGGAUUCCCACUUGAUGUGUUAAAAUCGGCGAGGAAUCCGGGAUUUUAUGAUCCUUGGUCUCGUACAAAUGACAUAACUUUUCAUUAUCAAGAAUAUUUUGGUUUGUUUAAAGCAAAACUAGAUUGGACCCUUUUACGUGGUUUUGAAGUUAUUAAUAAAUGGAUUGGUAAUCAUGAUUAUAAAGCAAGUGAUCACAAAUAUCUAAUGGUAGAAAUCAAGUUUGAUGAUUUACAAAGUAUGUUGAAUGGUAAAGAUAAAGAGAUUUGGGAGAAAAGAAGAGUUUAUUGGGAAAAAAAGACCGGAGGUCAUAAUGGUUUUGGAAGAAUCGUAAAGUUGACGACCUUUGUUGGAAUUAUUUCUAUUGUUUUGACCAUGAGAUCGAUGAGAAAAUGA